AAUGAAGUACAUGGGUACAUGUCAAUUUACGCACCAGUAGUUUCCCAACUGAUACAGCCUUUGCUAUUAGAUAUUGAAAGAUUAAUCGUGAUUCUAUCUUCAACAACUUUAACGUUCUCCAGUACCUACGGCUAUUUUCUACACUUGAAGAUCGCAAAUUGAAAUGGUAAGGUCUCUAUAAAUGUCGGCACAAUUUCAGAAAAAGCUCACAGUAUAGAAGUUAUACCUCUAUCAGUUUACUGGCCUUCCUGAUAAUGUUUUUCAUUAAAAAGAUAACCUCUUCGAAAUAUCAGUUGCUUUUUUAUGUUAUACUUUUAGGUGUAUCCGUUUUCACAGGCCCAGCCAUCACGAAUGUUCACACUAUUGAAAAGCCUCGUCACUCGUUGUAUCAGAGGCAUUUGCUUAUUUCAAGCACCAGGAGUCCUUUGGUAAAAGACCAUGAAUUGGCCGUCAUCAAUUUCGGGAUAAUUGAGAAAAUCGUCCUAGACCAUUUAGCCAAUCAUUUGGGUUUCACGUAUGAGAUUGUUCCUCCUCGGGACAUUAUGUCAACUGGUUUUCUCCAGCGGAACGGUUCGUGGACUGGAACAACAGGACAAUUGCAACGCAGGGAAGUUGAUAUGUGCGUCACUAUGAGUGUAGCAUCGUCCGGUAAAGCAAAUAUCGUAGACAUUUCAUAUCCCGUGGUGUAUGCAGAUUCGGCUAUACUUAUCCCUUUUCCAACUGAAAAUAGUAGAAUCUGGUCUGAAACAUCAUCGUUCCAGGUUCCGGCUUGGAUUGCCAUUUUAGUUACAUUCAUUGCUACCGUUCUGGUUUCGUGGAUUAUUUUCCGCGUCAGCAGUUCCAGACUGGGCGCUAAAGCUCCCAAUUUGAGUUACUGGUUUAUUUUCUAUUUUGGCUUGUGGACAUCCCAAGGUGUUACUCCGAGAGGUUCCUCAACACCAUUUCGAAUAGUUUGCUGCGCUUCUUUGUUUGGGAUUUACAUAGCCGUCAAUUACUUCACGGCGACGUACACUUCGUUUCUGUCGACGCCUGUUUUCAAAACAGCUGUCAACUCUGUUGAAGAUUUAGCCAAUAGCGCCACAGUUAAAACUCUUCUUAACAAAGGAUCGAGCACGGAAGAGCUCAUUAUGUCAUCAUCGGAUCCCGCUCUAAGGAAACUUGCCGCUCAAAUGCGACGCUAUCCUGAAAGACGAAUUGUCAACACGUUGACCGUCCACGAUAUAUCUAACAUCAUACAGGAAAAUACUGCACUGAUUAUGGCCGAGUCCAAUGCAGUAUCUCUUAUUGAAACUAGCUAUAAAAUCAACCACAAAUGUCUCGUAACUCUGGCCGAGAAAACCUUCCUCAGUCGUCCUCAAGGCUUCACCUAUCCGAAGAACAGUCCGAUAGCAAAAUCAAUCGAUUACCAUCUGCUGCUGAUGCAUCAGGCUGGAUUGAUUCAAUACGCUGAGCGAACUGCCAAAUCUGAGAAUCGCUGCCGCGUCUCUGAUUUAGCCAACGCCCAAGCUCAUAAAAUUGCUCCUCUUGGACAAAAGGAAAUGAGUGGAUCUUUUGUCAUCUUGGGUUUGGGCGUGGCUAUAAGUUUCUUUACUUUUCUCGUCGAAUUAAUUGUCGCAAAAAUGAAGAAAGCAUUUGCACGCAAAUAGCGCCCACUUUCUUACCUAAUUGCCCAUUACUAUCGACGCACAACACUUGGUUACCAAAUAUUUCUUGAAUUUCUUAUGGUAUUACAUUAAGCUUCGACGGCAUAAUAUUACAAGCGCAAACAUUUAGUUCUAUCUAC